CAACUUACUGCUAUCGUUAGUUUUGAUAUUAUUGAGCAUAUUUUCGUUCUGUGCUCGUCUGGUGAGAUAGGUUUGCUGCGGAAAUAAUGUUGUUAUCCAGACUUCGACCAACUUGGAAGAAAUCAGAACAGAAAUUAAUGGAUGGGAAAAUCCCAGAAUUGGAUGAAUUUCUGUUGAAACGCGAUUAUACCGGUGCUAUGUCAUUAUUACAGGCUUGCGAAUUCCAAUCAAAAAAUGAAAAUGUUGAUAAGUUGACAGAGCUUUGGCUUGGACACUGUGCUUUCCAUGCUGGCGAAUAUCGAAAAGCAAUAAUGGUAUAUGAGAGAAUGCUGGUUAGAGAGAACUGUCCAGCGGAAGUGAAUGUUUAUAUCGCUUGUUGCUUCUUUUUCCUUGGCUUAUGUGCAGAAGCCAAAGAAUAUGCCGAAAAAGGUCCGAAGAGUGCACUCCAGAAUCGUUUAUUAUUCCACCUAGCACACCGGCUGAAGGACGAAAAGGAACUGUUAAUGAACCGCAGUAAUCUGCAAGAUACUACUAAGGAUCAGUUAUCACUUGCCGCGAUGCACUACCUACGUUUACAUUAUCAAGAGGCAAUUGAUAUCUACAAAAAGAUUCUAGCCAGUAAAAAGAAUUUCAUUGCAUUGAAUGUCUAUCUUGCUUUAUGCUAUUAUAAGCUUGAUUACUAUGAUAUUGCACUCGAAGUGUUGCAACUUUAUUUAAAUGAGAAUCCAGACAGUGCCAUUGCUAUAAAUCUGCAAGCCUGCAAUCACUACAAAUUAUACAACGGCAAAACUGCAAUGAAAGAACUUCGAAGGUUACAAAAUGGGAAAGCUUCAAGUUUUAUGUUUGUGAAGGACCUCAUCUCCCACAAUACAGUCGUCUUUCGUAACGGAAAUGCCGCACUCCAAGUCCUCCCACCGUUAAUGAACACUCUGCCUGAAGCACGACUCAAUUUGAUAAUUUUCUACUUGAAAAGAGAUGAAGUGGAAGCAGCACUUAAUCUGGUAAGCGAUAUUGAUUUGCAACAUUCAACUGAGCAUCUCCUGAAGGCAAUCACUUAUUGCAUCAUUGGUUAUCAAAAGAAAUCUAAGCAUCUGGAAGUGGCGCAAGAACACUUCAAAGUAGUCGGUGAAUCGGCUACUGAAUGCGAUACGAUUAUCGGCCGACAAGCCAUGGCGUCUUCUUACUUUUUAAGCAAUCGUUUUGACGAAGUGCUCGUUUAUUUGAAUUCAAUCAAAAUUUAUUUUCAUAAUGACGACACAUUCAAUUUCAACAUUGGCCAAGCUUUGUUAGCCUGUGGUAAAAGCGCAGAAGCUGAGGCUAACCUAUUGCUGGUUGUGGACGAAGAAUUGAGGCAAAAGCCAGCGUAUUUUCUUAGCCUUGCUCGGGCCUAUAUCCAGAACGGUAACAGUAACUUGGCCUGGGAAAUGUAUGAAAGGAUGAAGGACUGUGAUGAUAUCUUCAAAUUGCUAUCCGUAAUUGCGAAUGACUGUUAUGUGGUUGGUGAUUACUUGUAUUCGGCAAAAUCUUUUGAUGCCAUGGAAAAAAUUGAACCGAAUCCCGAAUAUUGGGAAGGUAAACGCGGAGCUGUUAUUGGUGUGUUCAAACUGGUCAUGGAACAGAGAGCGCCAUCUGAUCAUUUUCGCGAAGCGAUGAUUUUGUUGGAAAAGAGUAGUCAUCCGCAAGUUGAAUACAUCAGUAAUGUUAUCCGACGAUAUAUUCGAGAAAAUAAUUUGAAUCCAUAAUUUUCAGCGUAAUAUGUUGAGACAUGCUCGAAAUCAUGUUUGGGUGAUUGGAAUUAAAAAUAAUUUUGUAUAUUCCAAAAAAGAAAAAAAAUAUGUAGACGAUUAUGCAAAAUAUGUAGACAGUUGUGAAUAUGUAGGCGAUUAUGCAAAAUAUGUAGACGUGUUGAUUCUUAUUCGAAGGUAUUCCAACGUAUAUCGUAAUUAACAAAUUGCUUCAUAAUAAAUGUGGAAGGUA